CGAAGAUCCGGACCUCCGCCCACGGGCGCCCGAGGGCGCGCGCGCGCGCGAGGCGAGAGGCCGCGCGGUGCGCGCCGUGGACGCGGAUCAGACGGCGGAGGAGGAAACACCGAAGGACCUUGCCGUUCGAGCAAGGAGCGACGGCCAAGAGAGGGUCCAGAAGCGACCUUGCUGCAACGGCUCUGGAAGACUGACCGCCAGCGCCAGGCUGUUAUCACCUCGAACGAUCAUCACCUCCGCCGCAGGCCCUGGCCGGGGCGAAGCAGGAGAGGCAACUAAAAGACUCCCCGCGGUGUUGGGGGGAGGCCAGACAGGAAGCGCCUGCCUGGAGCGCCUGCCUGGGGAGGAGGAAGGGGGAAGAGGAGUGGCAAAGGAGGAGGACCAGGACCAGGACGAGGAGGCUGAGCUUGUUAUCCUUCACGACCAUGAGACGCAAACUUCGUCGCGGCCCAAGCUCACCAAUCCCCAGUCGGAGAGGGAGCCGAAAGGGGCACGCCGGCCGGAGGGGGCGGCCGCGCCGCGGCCGCGCUCGAGAAGCCGCCGCCCGGCCGGCCCUCGAGCGAAGUCAAGAAAGGGGCCCUCCAGCGCUCACCGCGCAGGGAAGGGCCCCACUCGAACAGGUUCCGAAAAAUAGACACACAUGUCCCAGGAUUCCCCCA